AUGUCCGCCCGUACCGAGAAGGUGUCGCCCAAGGCAUCCUCUGAGGCCUUAUUGUACGACUCUCAGAAGAUGCUGGGGAGUAUUGCUGCUGCGGGGCUGUACCCGGCAGACGAGAUCAAGCUUCUGGAUGAACUCAUCCUCAGAGCGAAGGCUCGCCGAAACAUGAUCAUUCCCAUCGCCAUAAAGCUGCCAGUCGAAAUUCUUGGCGAGAUUUUCGAAUACUACGUCUGCGACUCUGACUCGGAAAGGAAGAAGAGACAGAACAGCUCCUGGGCGUUCCUCAUGCUCGUAUGCCGCUCAUGGAGGGAAGUGGCUAUCAAUCAUCCUGCCUUAUGGACCAACCUCGGGAAUCACAACACCAAGCUGUGGCCAACGUUCAUCGCAAGAUCUCACAGUCUUGCAUUGAGCGUGAAGCUGUCCACCGAUGGCACAGUCAUUGGCGACACGCUUGCUGCUUCUCUUGCCGAGCUUCAUCGCAUACAUUCAUUCGAGCUGCGAGCGCCGCAGUCCUUGCUGGAGCAGGUUCUCCCUCAGCUGAACAGUGCGGCGCCAAAGCUCGUACACUUGACCUUGGUAAACCGAUCGGAUGGUUGGUGCCGCGCUCUGGAAGGGGAUUUUGUAUCGACGCACGCACCGGAGUUGCGCUCCUUGUCUCUCGACGGCGUGUCCUUCCCAUGGGGUCACCGCGCUUCGAACCUACAAUCCUUGACCAUCGAGCGACAGAUACGUAGAUCCCGCUUGCGUAUUGGCACAGAAUCCAAUGCAUCGGAUAUGCUAUACAGCCUCUCGAGUCCGUCUUUGCUGGCCAUCAGCAUACGAGAUAUACCUGGGCCAUCGCCCCAGAAUCUCGCGGCACCUGUUGUCGUAGCGCCGAACCGGCUCACACUUCUGGGACUUAGGAGCACCGCUCCCGAAGUUGCGCUCCCCCUCUGGUUCUCAACAUCCAGUAUACUUGGUGCCCUCCCGAACGCGUACAUCGGGCUGCGCUCCCUUCCCGCCGACUUUACACCGCUUCAUCUCGACAGGAUUGUCACUCACGCCGCAGCGCACAUGGCCAAUCAUCCUCACAACGUCACGAAGCUGCAUAUCCAAUUUGGAACGAAGUUCAGUAUCGACACGGACAUGCUCACAUUCAUCAUGCCUGCUCCCACAUUCGAAUCAUCGUUCGGCCACAUGCUGUUAGCGCUCUUCGCUGCCACGAAUCCUGACCAUCUGAUGUCCCUGGAGAUUGAGCUUAGAGAGGGCAUAGAUGUACCGAUAGAUGCCCUCGAAGCGGCCUUGUCGCGUGCUCCGAGCGUCGUCAACCUCAAACUCUCAGUCACACCUGCCACGCUUCACUCAUUGUCCCGAUUGCUCAGCAGACACGCCGUCCAGGGCUCAGUGCACGAGCCACUGCUGCCUGCGCUCCAGACCUUGAGUCUCUCGGGUGUGGACCUCACCAAGCAAUAUGAGGGUCGACCGAUAUACACGUUUGUGGCGACGAUGCUCCAUUGGAGAAGACUGAGGGCACCAAUCUUGGGACCUUCCAGUAUAAAUAUCACACAGACCUCGGUCACAUCCACCGUCGCAACCAAUUUCUCUGUCGGUGGAAGCAUCUCCGUCAAUUACUCAGUGUGGAGCAGUGGCAAUAUUGACUUCACACCUUAG